GGACGAAGGAACCAUGGGUGAAGAAUCGAACAGGGUAGUUGUUUUCAAUGAGCCAAAGCCUUAGAUGCUGCGUCAUUUGAGGCCUUUCUACAUCAAGGCUACACUUGAUGACGUACCAAUGUCGAGAGUCAUAGUUGACAAUGGCGCUGUAGUAAAUGUGAUGCCAACAAGGAUGUUGAAGAAGUUGGGCAAGAGUACUAAUGACUUAUCCCAACGGAAGUGUUUGUGAAAAGCUAUAAUGGCGGGUCCACUUCUGCUAGGGGAAUCCUCCCAGUUGUCGUGGGAGUUGGAUCGCAGAAGCGGAUGAGUGCUUUCUUCGUGGUGGAUGGAAUGAUAAGCUACAACGCAUUACUUGGCCGGGAUUGGAUCCACUCCAACAAGUGUGUUCCUUCAUCUCUGCAUCAGUGUUUGAUGCUCUGGAAUGAAGACGGUGUCGUUGAGGUGGUACAGGCUGACACAAAGCCGUUUGCCGUUGGGGCCAACGUGGCUGAAGCUUAUUUGUACCAUGGAGAUUUUGGACCACUCACAAUUAGGAGUUGGGAUGGAGGAGCGUCCAACGUCACAGUUUCAAGCACAAAGGUGUUGGGAAAGGCAUGCUUAAACUCGUUGUACGAGAUUGUGAGACCAUCAAUGCUUGCAUUAGGUGGUCCACCAAAAUAUGAGUAAGCCACCUCAAGAGAGGGUGGCGAAGGCCGAAAUCACGGCCUUGCGGGUUGCCGAUCAACGGCUAGGAUUUGAGUAACGAGGUGGGAGAGGAAGUAGUGGUGAUGUAUGCGACAUUGUGGAAGAAAUCGACCUUGACGCGAAGGAGGAGCCACAUUCAAGUUUCAUUGUGCCAGUUUGCAGGAGUUUGACAGGUACGGGUUAACUCUGCUUCUGAAUGGCUUCAAAGUUUGUUUUACGUGUGCACGUCAUGAAAUAUUGCAUGGAUAUGUUGCAAUCAUGUUGUUUAGCCAAUUUAUCACUUUUUAUUUUAGAUUCGUGAGUAAGUGAGCUAUGUAGAUGCCAUCGGCAUUGCAUUAACAUAAUCAAGGCCGGAUGUGUAUGGUUGUGUUGGCUAAAUGAUUUUUUUUAUCUUCUUUUGGCCAGAGUUGUCAAGCAUGGCCAACUAAGUUAGCCACAAUGUCGACAAAGAAAACGGGUUCUUUUGCCUUUUAUUUUUGUUGACAAUGGUCUCAUAAUAAGGAAAGAAGGACCAAACAUCGUUGUGUUUACUUAAGCGGCGACACGAAAUUUGUUCAUUGCAUGACUGUUGUCAUUCUUCUAUGUUUCUAGCACCAACGCCGUUGUGACCUCAACAGUGUUUCAAAAAAGGGACUAGGGACCAAUUAUGGUUCUUCUUCUGAACAAUGGUGUUUGUCGCACAACUCUUUCUUUUGGCCAAAAUAAAUUUUAAAUAAUAAA